GUUCGGUCGGGCUUUGAACAGAGUUAUUACUCCCUCCGGGAUUUGUACGAUAUUCGCGCGCGGUGGUUCAUUUUUUGGUCUCACCCGUAGAGUUCUCUGAGCUGAGGUUUUGAAGUUUUUGAGCGGGUGGAGAAAGGUGGUGGGCUUGUAAGCUCUUCGGUCGCGUCGUGGUGUGUUAUUUUUUUUUUUACGUAUUUCUGUGAAGGAACCCACCCGUAAGAGUGCGAAGUAGUGAGUGGAGUCGUUGCACCAAUCCGGUUGUCAUAUGUUUUGUGUGUUGUUCCCGGUUGUUUCACGAGGGCAACCGGUCGCGUGGUGGUGGUGAUGGUGUGUGUCGUCAUACUUUCCAUGAAUGGAAGAGGGUACGCGCGGGUUGAAAUGCCAACGGCGACGGUCUGAAUAGUUUCUGCAAAUAGCGAUACCCCGAGGAAAGUCUGGAAUAAGAGUUGCUUGGUGCGGUCAUUUGGCCUGGAGAGAUAGAGUGGAAUAUCGAUUCACACGGUGGCGGCGGUUUGAAGAUCUGUUAGAUUCAUUAGGAGUGUGUAGUCAGCGUCAGCGGGGUUCGUGGGAGUCGUGUCACGGUGCGGUGGAGCGACGGAGGACAGACAGACAAGCGAAAACAGAAGAAGAAUUUGUUGUUGGAUUUUCGCCGCUGCGGAGAAGCAGUCAACGUAGAAAAGCCUGAGCAUAAGAGUUAGUGAGUAGCGGUGAGAGUCACGAGAACAUCCGUGCAGUUAUGAUGGCAGGGGACACCUGGAGCAUUGUACCACCGGGUUUUCGUCAUGCCAAGUGAGAGAAAGCAGUUUUGCUAAAUGGAUAAGCUGUAUACUGCAGAAAUAUUGAAACCACGGAAGGCGGAAGUUAAUCAAACGUCCAACUUUCUAUCGUCGUUAAUGGGGGAUACCUAAAAAUAGAGGAUAAACUCGUGCUCUAGUUGGACGGAAAGAAUCUCAAAACAAAAGUGUCAAAACGCGUUGAUCCAUUUAUCGCACCCAUGUAAAUGAGUUCGAAUCGGAUGGAAAGUACGUAGAAAUACGGUCGUUUUGGGUGAAGAAUUCCACCAUUUGUGAACAUAUGUUUUAGUGAUCUUCUGCAGUGGGGAGCUAGUCGGCCACUCGAUCGUUCUCUGCACCCACUUUUUUGUUUUUGUUUUGCUUCGUUUCCACGCGAGUCUCGCGGCGCGGUUCAACACAUGGUGCGCGCCUCUGAAUAGUUACGAAACCACGCCGUCGCCGUCGCCUUGACGAACGAAUAGUGGACGGUAGGCGAAAAAGCGAGCAAAACACGCAAAAAGCACACUCAAGGUUGUUGGGAGGAAAACAAAUAGCAAACAAAAAAGAAGAAAAUUUCCACGAAAAGUUGUUGUUGAAAAAGAGGAAAAAGAAGAAGCAGAAGAAGGAGCAAUUGCAAUAGAAAGCGAAUAAACGAUUCGCGAGAAGAAACGUGCAAAAGUGAGUGACGUGUGACGCCUUGUAAGUGCGACGAAACCAGAGAAGCAUCCAGCAUCAGCAGUAGAAUAAGGAAACGUGUUGGUCUGCUGCAGUCAGCAGUUGCGUCGAUCUUCUGCUGUCAGUGUGUUUGUGUGCCGGUGUGUGUGUGCGUGUGGAUUCAUGUGGAAAAUCGAGAUCUUUGGCGAUUGCAAAUAAGGGAAAAAAGAAGUCGAAGAUAUUGUGUUACGACGGCCGCCGCUGGGUGGCACAGCAGCAGCAGCAGCAGCAGUACUCACGAGUCAAAGUUGGAUUAAUUUUCUUCGGUGUGCGGUUUUCCCUCCACCCCGGUUCGGUGUUGCAGCAGAGUGUACAAUACACGCGAAUAGAGUGUGCUCAGACUCCAGCCACCAGAUCACGUUGCAACUAGCCGAGUGCAGAACGCGGGCCAAGAUUUAUGAAACCAAUUUAGCAAGCAAUCUAGAUGAGAGCAAAAGUGCUAGAAAACCCAUAUAGAAAAGCAAACUAGCAAAUUCCAACUUCAACUAUUCGUUUCAACAGUUCGUUUUUUUCCCUCUCUGCUCCAAACCAUCCAGAUCUUACAUUCGUUCGUUUCAAACCAAACUCGGCGCUGACGGAGCCGAGAUUGUAGAAUAUCGUGGCAAGCACCGACUACAACAACAACGUUUUGCCGCAAAGUGCUAUGCUUGGCAAAGCAAGCAAGCGAAAAAAAAUAAUUGCUGUGCUGAAAGUGAGAACAACGUGAAAAUUGCAUAAAAAAGCAAACGGCAGAAAAAUUCCCAUAAAAUUCACAACCCUCCGACAAGAGAAGCAGUCAAGUCCGCGGUGUUAAAACUAGUGAGAGUGGGAAAUUAAUGGGAUAAAAAUUGUAUCAUCGAGCACUCGAAAACCCGGUGCACGAUUGUUGCAGUGAAGUGAAGCACGGGUCGGCAUAAAGGGAAAUAAAUAAAUAAAUAUAUUAACGAAAAAUUGGUGGGAUCAAGUCGAUGGUUGCGUAAUGGGUUGUACCGGCAGCGAAAGAAGCGUUUCAUCUAUUAGAUAAUUCACCGCAGCGGCCGGGAAGCCAUCGUCACAAAAGCUGAAAGUGAAACGGGUCUGGGAAAAUUUGGAAGCCAAGCCCUCAGCGAGUGAAAUAGAGCAAUCAAAUCGACCGGUUGACGGAAGCGAGUGUUUGAAGAAGAAGUGGAAAGAGGAAGCCAUUGUUGUGCGUUGCGUGGGCGGAGUGAGUGGUGUGGUAGAAUGAUUAUCUAUAUAAUAUGCAUUUUGCACAUUGUCCAAGUGAUGCCGCUGUUUUCGGUGUGAAAAAUUGGAGCAGUAAUUACUGUAAUAGUGGCUGCGGUCUCGACGAGUGACUCAACUGACGACGACAGUCCACGGCGCACCUCCCCCUGCGGCCACCAUUGAAUUAGAUUCCGCACCACGUUGCCAUUGAGUGAGCAACGAUGCUUCUACAGCCUGGGCCUACGCUCAGUGCUGACCAGCAAUCCCAGCAGCAGCAGCAGCAGCCAUCACAUCAGCAAACGGCUCAGCAACAGCCAGCACCAGCUCAGCCAGUUCUACAGCAGCUUCCGGUGAACCUCCUCUCCAGUCAGCAGCCCUCAUCACUGACCUCCUCGUCCAGUGCAUCGUCGACGCCUCCGAUUCAGGAUGUCAGCCGCUAUCUGGAAUCGCUGCAGGAGACGCCCAAGGAGGGAUGGACGUGCCAUACGGCCAAAGACGGGCGGAUGUACUAUUGCAACCACAUAACGCGUACCGCAGGAUGGCUGCCGCCAAUCGAGAACUGGAUCCAGAGAAACGAUCUGCCCUACGGCUGGGAGAAAGCGGUCGACCUGAAAGGCCAACCCUACUAUAUCAACCAUCUGAACAAAACCACCACCUACGAGGAACCGGAGCGCUACCACUACAAUGACUCCCCGCCGGAACCGCGCCUGGUGGUGCUGCAUCGGAGUCCCACCCUGGGCUUCGGCUUUGUGGCCGGAAGCGAAAAACCUGUGAUUGUGCGGUUCGUGACCGAGGGCGGACCUAGUGUAAAUAAGCUGGAACCGGGUGACCAAAUAUUAGCUGUAAACGGCGAGGACGUCAAGGACGCACCCCGCGACCAUGUGAUACAAUUAGUUAGAAAUUGCGAAAAUUCCGUUACGCUGCUGGUCUGCCAGCCGCAGCUGUACAAUGCGGUCGGCCGGAAGUCAACCCUGCUGUCGGCCGGCAAGAAGGCCAAGCUGAAAUCACGCCCCACCCGGGUACGGUUCGCCGAGAGUGUGUGCGUUAAUGGGGCGCCAUUAUUUCCGCCAUCAGCAUUCUCCCUGGGAGACCUUUGCGUUCCUCCAAUGGCGAACGUGCUCAAAGUUUUCCUGGAAAAUGGUCAAACCAAAUCCUUCAAGUACGACUCGACCACAACUGUUCAGGAUGUCGUUACGUCGCUACGUGAUAAACUAUGCCUAACCGCUGGCGAGCAUUUCAGUCUGGUGCUGGAGCACGUCAAAAGUUUGAAGCGGAACAAGCUGACCCUGCUGGACCCGCAGGAAACCGUUGCCAAGAUUGCGGCCCGGCCCGGUGCCCACAAGUUGCGCUGCCUGUUUCGGGUGACCUUCGUGCCGGUGUCGGCAGCAGGCCUGGCCCAGAAGGAUCUCAACGCGCUGGACUAUCUGUUUCUGCAGUGCUGCAACGACGUCACGCAGGAACGGUUCGCGCCGGAACUGCAACCGGAAGUGGCCCUCCGGCUGGCUGCCCUUCACAUGCAUCAGCACGCGCUCGCGAACAACAUUUCGCCCGCCAAAUUGACUGUGAAAACUGUUGAACGAGAGUUUGGACUGGAUCGCUUUGUGCCUGCUUCCUUGAUCGAUGGUAUGAAACGCAAGGAACUCCGCCGCCUGCUGGGGCAUUUUCUCAAGCUGAACUCCCAGAUGACGGGCUCAUCGACGAAGAUGUUGACGCAACUACAGGCGAAAAUUCAUUAUCUGGAUAUAAUCUCCGGGCUGCCGAGCUACGGUGCGAAAUGUUUCAGCACCAAUCAGCGCGACGGCGUGGAACGGGUCCUGUUGGUUAGUCCCCGCUUCGGGCUCAGUCAGAUUGCGGGCGUGCGGAAUACGGUGCCGCAACCGAUAUGUAACUUGGAAGACUUGACCCGCGUCGUGGUAAACCGAGACGAUGACGUGUCCAACACGGUGACCGUGUUCAUCAACCCAGACCGGGUAAUCAAUUUCUCGAUGGAAGAUCGAGAUGCCUGUGAAUUUGCCAUCGUUCUCGCCGGAUACUAUCGACUAAUGGCCGGCAAAGAGCUCCCACUGGAGCAGGAGCGUGAAAUGACGGUGGAGGAAAUCGCACCACCAUAUCUCUCGCAGCAUACGGUGCUGCACGCUAGCUGGAGUUACCUUCCGUCGGAGAAGCAAACCCACAGUAUGGCCUUCCUGAUGCCGCCGCCGUACCAUUCGACCAAAACGGUGUACAUUCCUUCGAAAUCGGACGAUUGCGAUCGGAACAUGAACAAUACGUUGACGUCGAACAAGAACCUCAAGCUGACCGGUGGUGACGAGUAUGGUUUUGAGCUGCACAACCCACGGGUUUCCAGGGACGGGCUGGAGCGAGCCGGUUCAGGUGGAUCGUUGAAGCAUACCAUGUCCGAAGCGCGGAACGAAGAAGUCUUACGAAGAGUCGCAGAGAUGCAGAAGAUGGUGGAAAGUUCAGAGCGCUAUCUGAACGAGCACGGAGAAUACUGCCACGAGUUUGACGUGCGACCUGGGAAGUUGAACCUGUGGCGUGAGACUUCCGUUGAUGUGGAAAGUGACUGUGAAAGCAUGAACAGCAGUAAGCAGUCAUCGAACGAGGAUGCUCCUGGAGUACUCCGGCACAGUGACUCGCUCACUUUGCUCUCCGAAACGAUCAACCAAGGGCUGGACGGUAUUGCUAAGGGAUUGAAUUCAAUCUACACUGCUCCGUUCAGUGAAGUCAACGGACGAUUGGACAACCCCUCCGCGCAGAGUACUCCUAAAGGUCAACGGAAGGUUCAAGGCCUCAGCCAAAUCCUGAGUGAUCUGCAAGCACUCGGAAAUGAUCUGUCUCAAAGCGAGAGUGAUUCGGAGUCGUUGUACACUCCGAACAGCUCCCCAAUCCACAAUAAGAAUACGAACCAGUUGCCUCAAACUAGCCUAAGGAGCAAGACUCUCCGAACGAGUUUUGGACUACACAGUCCGGAUAGCUCGAUUCUUGGUUGUGAUACAAAAGAUAUAAAUCUGAAGGAAUAUCUCCGACAGCUAAAGGAAGCCAGCAGCGGAGACAAUGCAGACAAUACGGAUCUGGCUGCUAAGAAGAUAGCAGAACUGUACGGUUACGAAAUCGGUGAAGAUACAAUCAUUGAAACCGACCCGGAUAUCAUCGAUCUUCGCUCGAUACCUCCUCCGCAAACUCCGGACGAACUGGACAACCUAAACGUACUGAACGUGCCUCCGACAGGAUUUGAUGACCAGCAAAACCCUCCCGGCGUAGACUCCGUCGUCGGUGACCUGGAGGAGUUCCUCAAACAGGUAAAAAUCGAACCCCCAACUCAGAAGAUCACUCCAGCCGUAGAAUUGACCCCGGAGGAGAUCUUGUCUUACAUAAUUCCUCCUCCACCGGGCCUUGCCGAUACCGAUCCAGGCACCACGCAAUCCAAGCCACCAGCACUGAAAACCAACCCUCCCAGCAUCCAGCAACUAGCGAACAAUAACACAACCAACACCAAGAACCUCAACCAUGUCACAGUCGAGCCGCCAGUGCCAAAGCCUAGAAUCAGCACCGAGACCAACUCGAUCAAUCUGCUGGCCAAGUAUGACAAAUCCCGAUUCGAAGUCUACUACCCUCCCGAAAUACUAGAAGAAAAGUCGACCGAAUAUGACCUGUACAGCAACAGCGAAGCGGCCAAUGCCAACACCAACAAACCAACGACCAACUCCGAGAAAACCAAUGGACACGUCAUCGAAUACCCAACCGUAGAUAGGAAAGGACCCUUCUCGUGCUGUACAAAAACGAAGAAAGAAAAGACUGAAGAAUCCACGGACCAAGAAGCUCCCAACGGGGGAGUCCCCAACAGCGAACCCAAAUCCAAAGAACUUGCGCUUCCCCCGAAACGCUGUCCUCAUGUCGCAGAAACGACUCCUCCUCCCAAACGACCUCCGAAGAGCGCUGAACUUCAACUCAAGCUGAACUCCCCCGUUCGAUCUCCAAACUACGCAAAAACCAACGGCAACUCAGGAAACUACUACGAAAUUAAUCCACCCUCCCUUCCACCACGGUUCGAAAAGCAAUCCUCCUCUCCUCCUUCCGUCACGCUCUCCACCCUGCCUCCCAGGAAGCCCCCACUACCUCCCAUUCCCCAGAAACCCUGCAUUCGUAGUCCGGUGCCCAUUCUCAAGAACCCCGUAACAUACACCCUGUCCAGUUCGGCCAAUAAUUCUCCGAUUCGAACGGCUGGCAUCGGUUCUCCUCACUUUCACCGCAAUCCAAACUGUUAUAGGGAAAUUGAACGAGCAUUCAACCGGGAUGACCUGCCCGAAAAAUCCUCUCCGGGAGCGCAUUCGAUGUCACCGACACCAACCAGUCGCCAAAACGGACACUACCGAUCACACAGCGACUGCCCUCCGGUAUGUCUGAAGAACCCUUCCGCCGAGAACAAACCUCAGCUCUCGCUGCUCUGCUCACCACAGAUGUCCCGUAAGACCAACCUGAGCAACCCGGGAAGUCCUAUCCUAUCGAACAAGAAUGGCCACAUCAUGAACGUGGACACACUGAUGGCGAAAACUGACGUCGCCAUGGCCGGCCUUCUGGUCAAACUGGACCAGGUGGCGGCCAUGUGCUCCGCUGCCCAAACUGCCGGUGGUGGCACCAGCAUCGACGAGGAGAAAUUCCAGCAAGCCAAAGACGAACUCACCGACCAAUCGCUGCACCUGGUCACAUCGUCCAAGCACCUGGUGGUAUCGAUGUCCGAUGCCAAUCUGACCAACUUGCCCGAACAUCUGACGGCUUGCCUUUCGUCGCUCCGUAGGAUCACCGAGCUGGCACAGGAUUUGACCCGGUACACCUCGGCCCCGCUUCAAACCCGCAACAUUGUGCUGAAGGUUCACGAUGUGGCCUCCAGCUUCCGGGAGCUGGCCUGCGUUCGGGUCGGACCACUCGGGGCCGGUCAACUGGCCCUGCAUGCCGAGUGUCUCGCUAACGUGCUGGCAACACUGCUCCGUAGCUUGAGGGUUUUCUCCCCCUAGGGGUUCGCCGAUGGUGACCGCGAAAGCGGCAGUGAAGGGUGUGGCUGUUUUCGAUGUAAAUAGAGAGGGAAUUGGGGUGAAUAGCUGUUUUAUUUGGAUGUUAUGUGCGGUUAGGAUAGUGUUGUUACUGUUUUGUUUUUAAAUAUGGUAGUGAUUUCGUUGAAGCAUGUCAAACAUUUUAGGGAAGCCUAUUUACUGGAGGUGUAAUUGUUAUUUAUUAGACUUUUAGAUGCAUUGAAGAAUUAGGUCGUUGUAUGAGUAUUGAUUUGAGUUGGUUUGCACGUGUGGGUAGAACAGUGGAAGAUUGAUAAAAAGAGA